AUGCCCAAAAGAAUGACUUUUACUGAUUUACAAAGACAUAAGCUUUGCAUCUAUACUUAUAAUAAACCUAGUAAUUCUAAAACAAAACAUCACAGAACUGUUACCUAUUCAGAACUAGAUCUUGCUCUCAAGAAGUUCAUGCUGAUUUAUCAGUAUCGAACAGUUUUAACUAAUGCUUUACUUGUUGAAAAAGCAAAGUCACUUGCUAAUGGUUUGAAAAAUCUUCAAAAACUUCAAGAAGAAGCUGCAUUCGUUGAUAUAGUGGCAAUUAACAACAUUAUGCUAUCAAUAAAAGAUAGGUUGAAACCUGACCAUAUAUUGGCAACUCAACAACUUUCUGAAUAUAAAAAAAUAAGGAAUGCUUCUCAAUUGUAUUGUGUUCAAAUACUGAUGGUUCUUUCAAAAUAG